AUGCUUAUCGACCUCGUCCCUCUGCAGGAAACGAUGGUCUGUAAGAACUAUAAAAACACAACGGAUUGCCCAGAGCGCUACUUUUCGAUGGACUAUCAGAGCGCACGGGAAAAGUUCUUAAAAGCGGCUAGGGCGGUUAAUGCCGAAACUAAAAGUCACAUCGUUUUCACUCGAGAUGAUAUGCGCUAUUUCACGGACUCCGCUUUCUUGAAGGGAGAGAUAUCAGACAAGUUGCUAGUUCACGUAUGUGGGAUUCGCGGCGUGGAGGGCUAUAUUGGGAGCGCCAUUCAGAACAAAAUACUGGAAGAUUGGAGCAAAUCUUCUUCGGGUCGUCCAUCUGUUCUUUUCAUUCAUGCCGUUAACCCCUAUGGCAUGGCACACAAUCGACUCCUUAACGAAGAGGCAGUCGAUCUUAAUCAUAAUUACAUCUUGGAGGAGGAAUGGGAUGAAAUUAAGCAUCAGAAUUCGGAUACAGAGGAUUACAUUAUUCUAAAACAGCUACAAUCAGCAACCACAGCACCACGGCUAAUUGAUCGAUAUCUUUUCUUCUUACAUCUUAUCAAGAUAGUCGUAAAGUAUGGGUGGAGUCCUCUUAAAAAGUCCAUUAUCACAGGACAGCAUCAAGAUCCUAACGUCAUCUUUUACGGUGGAAAUAAUGUACAAUCCAGCAUACGCAUUCUCCAAGAGCUAAUGCAAACAUAUUCUAAAGGAGUAACAGAAGCAAUAUUCAUGAAUAUACAAACAGGUACAGGAUCCAAUAGAAAAAAGACCAUAUUAGUGCAUAACAAGAAUCAGGAAGAAAUCAUUAAAGAAAUCUUCAAAAAGGAACAGGUUCAGAGCGUUGGGCUUCCUGCGGAUGCGAUGAGCGGUGGGCACGGUCGCGCCGCGGGUGCAAUUCGACUGGCCCUGGGGCUUGCACCCAAGACGCUGAUUGUCACCGAGGAGUUCGGCACCAGCAGCCCGUUGUCAGCCACUCGAGCUGUUGCGUUGGAGGGCGCAGCCUAUCACGCCUGCCCUGGGUCAUAUGUCCACCACGUCAUGGGUACGUGGCUACGGGAAGCAUUCUAUCCACAGGAGACGAAGUACAAAAAAAUGGUACUGUCGAGCGGUAUUCACGCGUUUGAAGAUGCCGUUCAUUACCUCUCAAAUGCAGCUUCUUAA